CUUUCCAGUGCACCUCUGAUCAAUUCUACUUUAACGUUGUCACCAUCGGUCUCGACAGCGAGCUCGACAUUUCUUAACUGUUUGUUUAUUUUACUUUAAAACUGAUCUCAUGCUUUCAUAACUUUGAAAUCGUGUUCGAUUGCUGUCAUCUGGAGUAAUCCAACAUUCAUCGAUAAACCCACAAAACAGAUAUUUGUUAAGUUGCAGCAUGGAUGAAGAUGACGAAGACUCUCUCUUUGGCUCGCCGCCCCCAUCUCCAGUUAGAGGUAGGUCACCGGCAUUUCCUGCUCAAGCAGCCCAAGAAAGGGGCACAGGCAUAACACAAAAUGUGGGGGCCAUUGCACUUCCUGGUUCCCAUAUGUCAUGUUCUGAACUACCAGCCGACCUACUAGCCUUGCCGUUCGGCGGCUUUAGCACUCGCGAGCCUCCAUCGCAUGCGGUGCUAGUGCAAAACACCUUACAAGCGCACCUGACGCAAUCGCCUCGUGUUGCCUCAUCGGUACCUUUUUCGACAUCUCGCCCCUCUUCUAGGGCCAUGGGAAAACGGAAAACGACAAAAUCGCAAGCAGCAACGCCCCGUCCUGCACCCCCGCCUAUACCGUUACCUGGCCCAAAUGAACCACUACCUUCUAAUUUCUUGCGAAACCAGGAAGCGUUAUUAGGCAUAGCUGGCCUCGUCGGAAACGUGAAACCCAUCAGCCUUCCACAACAAACAGUCCGCGGGUCUACGCCUUCUAACCCUAUCAUUAUUGAGGAAUCUGAUCCAACACGCCUGCCUCAUGUCGAUCCUAAUCAGUUCACUUCAGUCAAUGGAGAAGAUGCUAUCACCUCCCUCAUCAGACAGAAAAAUAUAUAUCCCGUAUUAUCGAGCAUCGUGAAACUCCUGGGCAACUCUCCAGCUGCAUCCACACAACCACCAUCUACUUAUGAUCGUGCAUCUUCGCGCCCAUGCAGUGAGCCAGCAACGACUGCUCCACCCCCACUGAAGCGUCGCAAACUCACAAGCGUCCCUGCUGGUGCAGUGGAGUGGGACGUGCCCUACCCAUUUCCUGAAGGUGAGGGCCCUGAGGCAUAUCACGCUACAUGGGAGCGGGAGCGUGUGAGGCAUUUAAUUUCACAACUUGUGGAGUCGAUCAAGGCUGCUUCUGAGCCAUCUCCGCUUGAUGUCGAUCAGGCGCACAUUGUCACCAUCUCUUGUAUCACCUACAAUUACCAAUACCUUUCAGCAUAUAAUUCCCGACAGCACCAUUGAUCCUGCACUUCUUGCUAUUUCCGUUCCACCAUCAGUCACAUACAAUGCAUCUUCUCCGGUUCCAGCACUCGUUCAUUCUCCAAUCACAUCCACUGAUUCGUCUGAUGGGGCUCUCACCCCACCUGCAUAUAAUGACCAAG